AUGCAAGGAUUCAACAAUGAUGACUACGGCUUCAGGGCGCUGGUCCUUAGGGGGCUCGAUGCACUUGUUCACGAACUCCCCGAACUUGUGCAGGAGAAAGAAAGACACACCACUCUUCCACCACUUCCACCCGAUGCCCAACCUCCCCCGAUCUCGCUGCCGCCCCCCGCUUCCCCUGCCUUCCGGCGCCGCCGCCCCCCGCUUACCCUGCCACACGGCGCCGCCGCCCCCCGCUUCCCCUGCAUCCAGGCGCUGCCGCCCUCCCGCUUCCCCUGCCCCGAGGCGCCACUGACCCAACCUCCCGCGUGCCACCUGACUUCCUUCCCCCGCCGCCCCUUGCUCCGGUGGGCCUCCCACCGCUACCAACCGGCGUCGGAACCGUCCCUCGCCCUGGAUCGCACCGCCGUCACUGCCCACGAUGGGGAUCGCGCCACAGGCACCGUCCCACGAUGGGGAUCGAGCCGCAGGCACCGUCCCAUGAUGGGGAUCGCGCCACUGCAACCGCAUCGCCCCACCGUCGGGAUCCUGCUGCCGCGCGACAACCACCGGGAUCCUCCCACCGCGGUCGCUACUCACGCCGCGCGCGUGUGGCGGUGGACGGACGCGAUGGUUUCCUUUGACAUGAACGACCGCAAAGAGUGGCUCGUCGGAUGCUGUUGCCGUGGAUGACGAUGAUCUCGUUCUCGAUAGGAGAAUGAAGAGACACAGGAGAGGGGACGAGGAUCAUGUGCUCACCGUGCAACACAGCGUCACCUCUUCGCUCCGGAGCGUCGGGAUUCUUGCUAGAGAGCAUUCAGUGUCGGAUUUCCUAAUGUGUAUUGUCCUUCUUUCAUUUGUGGUCCACUGUUUGCUGUUGUUGGUUUACAGGUUUGGAAGGCAGCCAUGCUGCUAACCUGACUUUGUGUUGCACAAGAGCUUCACGUCGUCUGAAUUCGACGGUGUUACUGCCAUGGAGAUCGGUGUUGGGACAGGUGAUGGCUUGUUAUGAAAUUUAGUGAAUGAGAAAAUUGUGUUGUGCUUGUA